AUUUGUUUGUUAUCUUUCUUCUAAGGUUUGCCAACCUAAACCUUAGCAAUUAGAACUAGGAAGUCAAGCCUGUUUUUGUGCUUAAGACAUUGUUGUUGUUCGUUCGUUUCUUCUAAUUGAACUAGUUUUGGCUUUCUUGCUAGCUAUUUAUAGAGACUCUCAUCUUCACAAAGAUAGCUCAAUUCAAACAUACCCUCAAGCUUUUUUAACUCUACAAACAUGUCGAGAGAGCGAUAUAUCCAUUCCCUUCUAACACUUUCUCGUCUUCUCAUUUGUAUCUUCAACAGUCUUGUAGCUGUAAAUGGUGACACACAAAAGGAUUUACAGGAAUUUUACAUUGUGUUCUUGAGAGAUCAAGCAGUUGAUGAUGUAGAAUCUAUACAUCAGACACAUAUCAAUGUCCUCUCAAAUUUGAAGGGAAGUGAGCUUGAUGCUGAGGAAUCCCUUGUACACAGCUACAGUAGAAACUUCAAUGCAUUUGCUGCAAAGUUACAUGAACAUGAAGCCAAUAAAUUAUCCAGUAUGGAGGGGGUGCUUUCGGUUUUCCGAAACCGGUAUCACAAGCUGCACACAACAAAGUCCUGGGAUUUUAUUGGGUUGCCUAACACAGCAAGAAGAAAAUUAAAAAUGGAGAGCAACAUAAUUGUGGGUCUAUUAGAUACAGGGAUCACUCCAGAGUCGGAGAGCUUUGCAGACAAUGGAUUCGGACCUCCACCAGCCAAAUGGAAAGGAAGCUGUGGCCACUUUGCCAAUUUUUCAGGGUGCAACAACAAGCUUAUAGGAGCCAAAUACUUCAAGCUAGAUGGAAAUGAAGACCCAAGUGACAUACUCUCACCCAUAGAUGUGGAUGGCCAUGGAACACACACCUCCUCAACCCUAGCUGGAAACCUAGUCCCAGGUGCAAGCCUCUUUGGCCUUGCCAAAGGCAUUGCUCGUGGGGCUGUGCCCUCUGCUAGGGUUGCUGCUUACAAGGUUUGUUGGGCUAGCUCCGGUUGCUCCAACAUGGACAUCCUGGCGGGCUUUGAUGCCGCCAUUAAUGACGGCGUCGAUGUCAUUUCCAUCUCCAUCGGAGGCCUCUCGGGGGAUUACGUGACGGACUCAAUAGCGGUUGGGGCAUUUUAUGCUAUGAGAAAAGGGAUCAUAACCGUUGCUUCUGCCGGAAAUGAUGGGCCGAGGAUGGCUACAGUGGCAAACAAUGCUCCGUGGAUCUUUACAGUGGCCGCUAGCGGCAUCAAUCGGCAGUUCAGGAGCAAUGUUGUGUUGGGAAGUGGCAAAACCGUCUCAGGCGUUGGGGUGAACAUAUUUGACCCAAAGCAAAAAUUGUACCCUCUCGUUAGAGGUGAUGCUGUUGCCAAAAACUCUGAAAGCGCAGACAAUGCAAGGUACUGUUUUCAAGAGUCAAUGGAUCCUCACAAGGUGAAGGGAAAACUAGUCCUAUGCAAACUAGGAAUGUGGGGGCUGGAGUCAGUAGUAAAAGGAUUUGGAGGGAUUGGAGCCAUCAUUGCAAGUGAAGAAUAUCUAGACACUGCCCAAAUUUUCAUGGCACCUGCAACUGCGGUCAAUACCACCAUAAGUGACACUAUUGGUGAAUAUAUUAACACCACAAGAUCACCAUCAGCAGUGAUAUACAAGUCCCAAGAAGUUAAAAUCCCAGCUCCAUUCAUUGCUUCCUUUUCAUCUAGGGGUCCAAAUCCAGGAUCAAACCACCUCCUCAAGCCUGAUAUUGCAGCACCUGGCAUAGACAUUUUAGCAUCAUAUACCCCUAUGAAGUCACUUACGGGGUUAAAAGGUGACACAAUUCAUUCAAAAUUUACACUAAUGUCUGGGACUUCCAUGUCAUGUCCACACGUUGCUGGAGUAGCUGCCUACGUGAAGUCAUUCCGCCCCAAUUGGUCUCCUACAGCGAUCAAAUCCGCUAUCAUGACCACAGCAACACCAAUGAGCUCAAGGGUGAACAAUGAGGGUGAAUUUGCUUAUGGUGCUGGUCAAGUGAACCCAACUAAAGCAGUGAGCCCCGGACUAAUCUAUGACAUGGACGAGAUGUCCUACAUUCAGUUCCUCUGCCAUGAGGGCUACCCUGGAUCAUCUAUUGCAACUUUAGCAGGUUCCAAAUCAAUCAAUUGCUCAUCUUUGCUUCCCGGGGUUGGAAGUGAUGCUCUCAACUAUCCAGCCAUGCAACUAAGUUUACAAGAUCAGGAGACGACCACAGGCGUGUUUAGCAGGAUAGUUACUAAUGUUGGCCCUUCUCAAUCUGUCUACAAUGCCACCAUUAGGGCUCCCAAAGGGGUGGAGAUUAUAGUUAAACCGAUGAGUCUCCACUUCUCUCGCACUUCGCAAAAGAGGAGCUUUAAGGUGGUAGUGAAGGCAAAGGCCACAACGAGCAUGCAAAUAAUGUCAGGUUCACUCAUAUGGAGAAGCUCGCGGCAUAUUGUGAGGAGUCCUAUUGUUGUUUAUAGCCCAUAAAGGUGAUGUAUGUGCAAGUGAAGGAACAAUGAACCAAAUAAAAGGUGGUUUGGCUUGAUGUGCUAUGUAUAUGGCACAUGAAUAGAUAUGUACACAGUUAUGUAACAAUUUAGAGACAACUUAGUGAGAAUAGUGUGAACAAUAUGAUAAGAAGAUAGUGAAGGCAUGUCUAGAAUUACUAUCUGUAGAAAGUUGUAUUUAAUAAUGUGCCUAUGCCCCAACUAGACAUGGGUAGGUUGUCUACUUCUACUUGAGUUGUAAAACUUUAUGCAGUAAUGAGUCAACGGGCCUCUUGGCUAUAAAUUA